UCUUUUCGAGAACAUGGGAACAGUGCUAUGCGGGCUGGAACAUUCGCAGUCACAGCCCAUCCUCCGCGACCUAACUUGUCUGGACACUGGCAUUUAUACCCAAUUGAUCCAAUCUCCCAAUCAAAAGCCCCCAAAUCACCCUCCCCCUCUGUCUAAUUGCAACCAAUGAAUUAUCUACCUUCUCUUCUUCUUCUUCUUCUUCUUUUGUCCUCCAUCUCUCUCCAUUCUUGUUCGCACAUCAACCAGCUCUUCGAAGCUUGGUGUCAGCACCAUGGCAAAACUUAUUCAUCACACCAAGAAAAGCAGCGCAGGCUCGAAGUCUUUCAAGACAACUAUUAUUUUAUCAAACAACACAACGACAUGGCUAAUUCGUCUUUUACACUUUCUCUUAAUGCCUUUGCUGAUCUUGCUCACCACGAGUUCCAACUAUCUCGUUUAGGUCUCUCUGCUUCCGCAGUUAAACUCGACCGGAGAAACGUUCGAGAACCUGAUUCCUUAGAUGAGGAGAUUCCUGCUUCGGUAGAUUGGAGAAAGAAAGGAGCAGUAACACAAGUUGAAGAUCAAGGCAGAUGUGGUGCUUGUUGGGCAUUUGCUGCAACUGGAGCUGUAGAAGGGAUAAAUAAGAUUGUGACUAGCUCUCUUGUCAGCCUCUCUGAACAAGAGUUGAUUGAUUGUGAUACAACUUAUAAUGAUGGAUGUGGGGGUGGACUCAUGGACUAUGCAUAUCAGUUUAUCAUAGAUAACCAUGGAAUUGACACUGAGGAUGACUACCCGUUUCAAGGCCAGGGAGGGAAAUGCAAGAAGCAGAAGUUGAAAAGGCAUGUUGUGACGAUUGAUGGUUACAAAGACAUCCCGGCAAAUAACGAGAAACUGCUACUGCAAGCCGUUGCAACUCAGCCUGUGAGUGUAGGCAUAUGUGGUAGUGAGAGAGCAUUCCAGUUCUACUCCAAGGGGAUUUUCACUGGGCCAUGUUCGACUUCUCUGGAUCAUGCUGUAUUAAUAGUAGGAUAUGGCUCAGAAAAUGGUGUGGAUUAUUGGAUUGUAAAGAAUUCCUGGGGUACAAAUUGGGGAAUGAACGGUUAUAUUCACAUGCUACGCAACUCUGGCAACUCUCAAGGUCUUUGUGGUAUCAACAUGCUAGCUUCAUACCCGACUAAGACCAGCCCAAAUCCACCACCCCCACCUUCUCCAGGCCCUACUAUGUGUGAUCUUUUUACUUACUGUUCCCAAGGAGAAACUUGCUGUUGUACGUGGAGAUUGCUAGGAAUAUGCCUCAAGUGGAAAUGUUGCGACUUGGAUUCUGGUGUCUGUUGUAAGGACCAUAAUCUAUGUUGCCCAUCUAAUUAUCCCAUAUGUGAUACGGAAAGGAAGAAAUGCUAUAAGAGUGCUGGGAAUGUCACUGGAGCAACAUUUGAGACAAGAGAUGCUUCCAGGAAGUUUGGCGGUUGGAACACCUUGAUCGACGCAUUGUUUUUGUAAAGUCCCUUCAACGCUGAUUGGUGAAUAAUUUUAUAUACUGUUGUCUGUAGUAGUAUGCCCUGUUCUAUCCCUGAUCAAACAUGAGAACCGUAGAUAGCUUAAAAUUGAUAUUUUUGUUCAAUUACACACCCAUUUUGUUUGAUUAUUGGGCUGGUAAGCUGGUCUUGGGUGUGAAAUUUUCAUAGGAUGAUACUAUUAAUUUCUCUGCAAAAGGGUGAACUCAGGAGAACCAGUACAAAAAUAGAAUUUGCUGUAAUGUCAUUUUUUCCUAAGGCAUGUAAGUAUCUUUUGGCCCAUA